UGUUUGUUCAGCCUGCAAUUUACAGCCUAACCGUCGCGAGUUCACGUGCAAGGCAGGCACCAACCUCUAGAGCGGCCGGUUUGAUCAGUGCACCACUGUGCAUUCACCAUCGCACAUCAGUCUCUGGGCCAAAAGAAACAAUGGGUUCUAGCGCCAAAAAGAAGAAGGAAAAGAAAAAAAAUUUUCAGAAACCCAAGCUAAAAGUUGGAAAAGCGAAGCCGAAGGCGUCCAAUUUCACCGACACAAGCUUCAAGUCCAAAUCCAUUGUGGUCAACCAACAGACUCUUGCAGCAGACGGCGCCGAUCCGACAGAGAAAUUCAAGCUGAACCUGUCACUCGCCGUCAACGCAAAGUCGGACAAUCAGAGGCGUGAUGCACUGGCUUAUAUCACCAGCCAGCUCUCAGCUAGCCCCCCCUGCAAUCCCGUUGGGACAUCAGGGGUUCUGACGAAGCUCCUGCCUCUAAUGUCGGAUGGGUCUGCAUCAGUGCGCGCCCAGUUCCUCAAGCUGCUUCGGGCCCUGCCGCCAGCAGAGAUUGGUUCCCACGUCGAGAAGAUUCUCAUGUAUAUCCGAGGCGGCAUGACGCAUCUGUCCAACGACAUCCGCAGCGAUACCUUGAACGUUCUGGAGUGGCUCCUUGAGGUCGCUGGGAGUGAGGCUGUCUCCUGCCCCGGGGGUUGGUUGAAGACGCUGAAUAGCUUCAGCUCCAUGCUGGGGUGGAAUCCGAGCGUUGGGUCUGCCAUAAGCAACAAGGGUUGGACCUCGGCAUCGCGAGCAACAUUGGGGACAAAGAAAGGGCCCGAAGCACGGACGAGGCAAAUACAGGUUCUCGCGAAAUUCCUGCAGACCGGUUUUCGUCCCGAAGCGCCAGUUCCGUACAGCCGAACGGCGUACUGGGACAACAUCUACCGUCUCCCUGGGACGCCAAAUCCCUUCGCGUACCUCAACCUCUUUGGGACGCCCAGGGACGAAGACAGCGAAAUGUAUCCGGACCGCAUAUCGCGACAGCGCAUCUUUGACGCGAAGUGGAGGGCUGCCAUUUUUGCUGGCAUGAACGAUGCUAAGAAGGAGGGGGGCAUGGUGGGUCGAGCUGCUGCCACUUUGGACAGGGCGUUAAGUUGCGGGCUUGAGGUCUAACUAGGCGUUUGGCUUUCUGUUACCACAUUCGCGGCGUUUGAGGAAUGAUAGGUCAUUGGCGCUAGGGUGA